UCUCUCUCUCUCUAGCCGAACCUGCACCGCACGGCGGCGGCGGCGGUCGAUCGGCCGGCCGUUCCUCCUCCGAUGGAGGCCAAUCAGCGGCGGGCGCGGCCGCCGAGGCGGUCGCUCGACCGCCUGAACGCGAUCAAGAACGUGGACUACGACGCGUCGUCUACUUCCACCUCCUCCUCGUCCUCCUCGUCCUUGCCGUCUGCUCUGUCUCUCGACGCCCUCUCGGUCUACGCGAGCUUCCGCGUCAAGGGCGAGGAAGGCGAGUUCGACGUCAUCUGCCGCAACCUGGGGCUCUCCCCCGAGGACUUCGCUAUCCCCGUGGACGCUUGGAGGUCCAGCAAGGCCCGCGAGCUCACUCCCCGCCCGCGCCUCCAGACCGCCUUCUCGGCUCCCGACGGCGGCGGCGAAUCGCCGCGCGAUGGCGACGGGUUGGCCGCUGGAGUUGAUGGUAUCGAGCUUGAGAGCGGGAUUGCUGUGUUGACUGGGAGUAGAAGUUGCGGUUCGGUUGGUUUGGAAGAUAGGGGUAGGGUUGCUAGUUGCAGGACUCGUUUCAAGCAUGUAACGGCGGGGGGAUCUGCUUUGGAUAAGUCUCGCCGCCCUCUGGGCGGUGUUUUCGAUGCUAAAGCUCGCGGAGAUUGUGAGAACGGUGAAGCGGAUAAUGCUGGGGGAGGAAUUAGGGGAUUGAGGCCUCCGGUCCUUACUCCGCCGCCGGUUAUGUUGCGGCCUGUUGUGGACAACGUGAGUUCUACUUGGGAUUUGUUGAACUUAUUCGGUCCUCAAGAAGGUCCCGGAGGAGACAAGGAUUCUCCUGUUUGCCAUUUGAAUAAAAAGGAUUGGUCGGAUGGAGAUGAUGAGAAGGUUGGUAAAGAAACGACUUCCCAAAGAAAAGGUGAUCCGGACUCUUGUUUGUCGACUUCCGUCGAAGAUGAGGAGUCUGAGGAUAAGUAUGAUGUGGGGAACGCCCUUUCUGCCAAUAUUUUAGAACCGGUGCGCAAUAUUUUUCCCAACGGUAGUUUCAGACGAAGGAUCACCUCAUGGCAAAAGGGCGAUCUAUUGGGAAGUGGGUCAUUUGGAACUGUCUAUGAAGGCUUCACUGAUGAUGGAUUCUUUUUUGCUAUAAAGGAGGUUUCCUUAUUAGAUCAAGGAAACCAAGGCAAGCAGAGCUUACUGCAGCUUGAGCAGGAAAUUUCGCUUUUAAGUCAGUUUGAACACGAGAACAUAGUGCGAUACCUCGGCACAGACAAGGAUGAUCAGAAGCUUUACAUAUUCCUUGAGCUCAUGACCAAAGGUUCACUUGCAAACCUUUAUCACAAAUAUAACUUGAGAGAUUCCCAAGUCUCUGCAUACACUAGGCAAAUUCUAAAUGGUUUGAAGUAUCUUCAUGACCAGAAUGUGGUCCACAGGGAUAUCAAAUGUGCUAACAUACUGGUUGAUGUGAGUGGAUCUGUGAAAGUUGCAGACUUUGGAUUGGCAAAGGCCACCAAAAUGAAUGAUGCUAAAUCCUCCAAAGGAACUGCUUUUUGGAUGGCACCUGAGGUCGUCAAUCUAAGGAACAGAACUUAUGGGUUGGCAGCUGAUAUAUGGAGCCUAGGGUGCACUGUUUUAGAGAUGUUAACCCGCCGGCCUCCAUAUUCUCAUUUAGAAGGAAUGCAAGCAUUGUUCAGAAUUGGCAGGGGCGAACCUCCUCCAGUUCCUGAUUCUUUAUCAAGAGAGGCUCGAGACUUAAUUCUUAGAUGCUUGCAAGUAAACCCGAAUGAUCGGCCUUCUGCAGCGCAGUUGCUAGACCAUCCCUUUGUGAGGAAGCCACCUACUUCUUCUGGUUUUGCUUCACCUCGUUUCAACAACGUAUGGUCGUAAGGUUUUGCUAGGCCAUCCCUUUUUGGUUCAUUGUUGUGAAGGUGACUUCUCUUUGUCCUCGCGAGCGGUCUUGGGCUGCAACUGGUUUUCUGUUGUCUUUAUUCUGCUCAAGCUAAGCAUGUGUCGCUCAUCUGGGAAUUGUAAAUAGCAUGCCCUGGUGUAUAUUUUCCGUUAGAAAGGAAGGAAGAAAACAAAGAUGUUGACGAUGGCACAGGUUUUCUGCCUCUGGGAAGCGUAGAUAGGUGCGCGCGACUUCUACAGGAUCAAUCAAGAUUGGAUAUCCCUCGGGAUCCGCCGACGGGAUGCGGAUUUGCUUUGUCGUUGCUUGUUUGAUAUCGGGCCGUGUUCGGUGAAUUUGGAGUUUUAUUAACUGACACGUCGCUUCAAGAUAUGCGCUUCCAUCAUGUCAUGAAAGUUUUGUAUUGACAACAAUCAGGCUCAUCGUUGCCGGAUCUCAUACUGACUUCCAAGAGGAAAAAUGUUGGAAAAGUUCUAAAUUAAUUGUAUCGGUGCUAAUUUAGUUUUAAUUUUUUUUA